CGAUCCCCCGUGUAAGAGUGAGGUGGAGGAGGACAUUCCAGCCCAUGUGACCACAGGGCUUGUGGAGGAGGACCCCCAAGAUGGCACCCGUGCGCUUAGCUGUUUUCCACCACCUGUACCUCCUAAUGCUUCCCGUGGAGAAGAUGACCCGCAGAUCUCCAGAGUGCCCGCUUUGCCAGCAGGAAAUCCCAAUAAGAACUCUGAGGGAACCAUGAAGUUACCACAAGUACAAAAUGUAGCUCUCAUACCACACUCUUCAAGAGAAAACGUCAUCACCCUGCUUGUAUAUCCCGGACUUCUGAUUACAGAUCUAGCACGUAAACCAAGUAGUCAUGGAGAAUCUCCAGAUAAAUCACAAAUUGUUACCACAAGUACACCACAAUCACAUCUUGGAACAUGUAUGAAAACUCAGGCAGAACUGAAGAGAUUUCCCUGUUCACAUUGCGGUAAAUGUUUUACAAAUAAUUCAGGUCUUAUUAUACAUGAGAGAAUUCACACAGGAGAGAAGCCAUUUCCAUGUUCAGAAUGUGGGAAAUGUUUUACAAAUAAAUCGGAUCUUGUUAAACAUCAGAAAUGUCACACAGGAGAGAAGCCAUACCCAUGUUCAGAAUGUGGGAAAUGUUUUAUUAGGAAAGCCAAACUAAGGGAACAUCAGAGAGUUCACACGGGAGUGAGACCGUAUUCAUGUUCUGAAUGUGGCAAAUCCUUUAAAUGUAAAUCAAGUCUUGUUAUACACCAGACAGUCCACACAGGAGAGAAGCCAUAUUCAUGUUCAAUAUGUGGGAAAUGUUUUAUGGAUAAAUCACAUCUUAUUCAACACAAUAUAACCCACACAGGAGAGAAGCUGUUUCCAUGUUCAGAAUGUGGGAAAUUUUUUAUUAGGAAAGACAAACUUAUUGAACAUCAGAGAGUUCACACGGGAGUGAGGCCAUAUUCAUGUUCUGAAUGUGGCAAAUCCUUUACAUGUAAAUCAAGUCUUGUUAUACACCAGGCAGUCCACACAGGAGAGAAGCCGUAUUCAUGUUCAGAAUGUGGGAAAUGUUUUAAACAGAAAUCAGAACUUGUUAAACAUCAGAAAGUUCACACAGGAGAGAAGCCGUAUCCAUGUUCAGAAUGUGGGAAAUGUUUUAUUAGUAACACCAAACUUAGGGAACAUCAGAGAGUUCACACGGGAGUGAGGCCGUAUUCGUGUUCAGAAUGUGGGAAAUCCUUUAGAUUUAAAUCAAGUCUUCUUAUACACCAGGCAGUCCACACAGGAGUGAGGCCAUAUUCAUGUUCUGAAUGUGGCAAAUCCUUUAGAUGUAAAUCAAGUCUUGUUAUACACCAGGCAGUCCACACAGGAGAGAAGCCGUAUUCAUGUUCAGAAUGUGGGAAAUGUUUUACACAGAAAUCAGAUCUUGUUAAACAUCAGAAAGGUCACACAGGAGAGAAGCCGUAUCCAUGUUCAGAAUGUGGGAAAUGUUUUAUUAGUAACACCAAACUGAGGGAACAUCAGAAAGUUCACACGGGAGUGAGGCCGUAUUCAUGUUCAGUAUGUGGGAAAUCUUUUACCACUAAAUCAUAUCUUGUUAAACAUCAGAGACGUCACACAGGAGAGAAGCCGUAUCCAUGUUCAGAAUGUGGGAAAUGUUAUAUUGGUAAAGGAGAACUGAGGAAACAUCAGAGAGUUCACACGGGAGUGAGGCGAUAUUCAUGUUCAGAAUGUGGGAAAUCUUUUACAUGGAAAUCAAAACUUGUUAUGCAUCAGAAAGUUCACACGGGAGUGAGGCCGUAUUCAUGUUCAGUAUGUGGGAAAUCCUUUACAUGUAAAUCACAUCUUAUUAGACAUGACAGAACUCAUACAGGGGAGAAGCUAUUUUCAUGUUCUGAAUGUGACAAAUCCUUUAUGUAUAAAUCAAGUCUUGUUAUACACCAGAGAUAUCACACUGGAGAGAAGCCGUAUUCAUGUUCUGAAUGUGGGAAAUCUUUUAUUAGUAAUACCAGUCUCAGGAAUCAUCGUAGAAGUCACAGAGGAAAGAAACCAUCCUGAUCUUCUAUAUGUGAAAAAUGUUUCAUAAGGAAAUCAAAAUUUAAAACUCAUCAGAAGAGAAAAUAAAUUCCUGUGUGUAAUGUCUGCAAAAGCAGAUGUAUAACUAGACAUUAAAUGGGUUUAUUGCAUUUAUUAUGUAGGCAAAGUGAAUACAAGGCUCUUACUAAUGUUUUUUGAUUGUCCAUCUUGCCUCCUUUUCUGUCUUGAUUGAUUUUUCCAUCGUAUGCACCUGCAGCUCAUUUCCUGAGGUUACAGCCACUGCUGUGCUGCAGCAGAGAUACAAGGCGGCUGGAAGCUGCUGCGCAUGUGUGCCUAUGCACCGUACCAACCACCAGAGAGGCCGAAGGUUUUUCCUAUACUGUGCCAGAUUGCAGUAGUGGCCAUCCCUGAAUGUGUGUGGUGUGUAAUGCAAUGAAAAUUUGAAUUACGAUAGCUAAGGAGGCAAUGUGGACAAUCACAACACAUUAGUAAGUGCCUUGUAAAAACUUUUGUCUACGUGGUAAAUACCAUUUCCUAAAAGUGAGACAACCCCUUUAAACCACCAAUAAGAGGGUUUAUUUUUGGAUGAAAUAAGCCUGGAUUUGCCAAACACUCAGAUUAUAUUUACCUGAAUCUGGGAUCCAUGGAAGAAAAGAGGAGCAGAGAAGAUGAAGUCCCCAUGGACUUUGCUUCUCUUACUGUAUUCAUACUGUAUUCAGGACUCCGCAUGGAGACUUUUAUGUAACAUGUGGACAUAUCGAUAUUUGAUCUUCAUUAAUACUGUAUAUAAUGAUAAAGGUGAUGGAAAUACGAUAAAAAUACGUUUAAUGGAGGUCAGGAUUUGGAAUGACCUACUAUUACUAUCAUCAGUGGUCUCCGAACUAUAUACUGAUGAACUGAGCGUACCUUAUUUUGAAAGUUAAAACAUAACUUUUAUUUUUUCUGUCAAUAAAAUAAAUGAGACACUAAA